GCUCAAUCACAGGUGACAGCACAGCAGCAGACCGUGAGAAAUCCCAAUCCUCUAGGUGAUGGCACCACAAGCCAGGAUAAAAAUGCUAGUCCUUUCACGACGUCGCCCAACACUCGCGCACCCCCAGCCGACCCUUUCGCAUCGCAGCAAGUAGAACAGCAGGCACAUCAGCACCCUACUUCCUCACAACAGAUCGGUCGGCCGGGCUUCUUGGGGCUGCAACCGAUUCCAGUAUCCGAGAACCAGCUACGGGAACUAGCUCCAGGUUUGAUGUCAACAUUUGUGCCAACAAAAAAUGAUCCGGAUCGUGAUCUUCAAGCCGCAAGAGCGUCGCCUGCACCGCUGGAGGACGAUAUUAACACCAGGGAUCUGCAGCAGAAUCGUAGCGACAAAAAUAGAACUAUGCUGCAUCUCCCGGCAACUCGUGGUCCUAAAGGCAACUACAAGCCAUCCGCAGGCAGCCUUGGCCCGAGCCCACCGAUUCCAAUUCCCAGGUGGAACAGCAGCGAAUGGAUCUUCGGGACGAACCGUAGUGUAGUGUCCUGGCC